UAUAACCGUAUGUUUAGGAUCAGGGUAAAUCAGGUGUGUGUUUCUCAGAAUAUCUGCUGGGUUUUUUUAGCUGCUCAAAGCUAAAAACAAAUGUGAACGGUGAAACAGUCUUUACACCUCAGCAGUCGCAGCUGGAAAAUCCUUAAGUGCUUAAAAUACUCCAGGUGUCAAUCUCCUGAUCCUUCUAUCUGUUUCUGUGGGAUGUGUUUGAGGAUCAGAAGAUUAGUUGAGCACUAUAAAAGCGGCCGGCAGAGACACUGGACAUGAGCUGAAGUGAAGACGUUGCAGAAGAGAAGCAAAGAAGAACCAGAAACUCCAGCACACGAAAGUGAGAGAAAUGGAUGCCCCAGCACCUGUUGAGAAGAGAGGGCCACCAAAGUUCAAGCAGAGGACCACUCGCACCUUCAAGAGCAAGGCUCCUAAACCUGGCCAGAAAGGCUUCGGAGAUGACAUCCCUGGAAUGGAGGGUCUCGGCACAGAUAUCACUGUGGUUUGCCCCUGGGAAGCUUUUGGUGACAUGGAGCUCAGUGAUCUGGCAAAAUAUGGAAUUUUGUAGCGCAUCCACCCAACCUUUUCCCUGCUCUCUUCUGGAGACCUUUGAUCAGAUGAUCACGUAAUGUUACUCACACGAGACUGAACCAGCAGCAGAUGCUUUCAGCCCAACACACAAAGAGGAUCAAACACGAUUAAUACUUCUUUUUUUCGGUAAAAAAGGACAAAUGGAACAGUAACUCUCUGCUGCUCUUCUUCACUGCAUCACUGGAGCUCUUAGCAGGGGGAAUUGAUCUCAGAGCCACAAUUUCAUGCAAACCCUCUUUCUUUUAAUUGUUGUGGUAAAAUACAAAACUAUGCUCAAAUUGACUUUAUUUUUUUGAACUGUGAAUGUAAUUGUGUCUGUGUCAGAAUCAACUCAUCAUAGUUAAUUAAAACAAUGGAUUUGGCAGUAGAUCACAAUAAAAAAUAUAUAUAUUUUCCCAAAUUUGUGUGAUUAGUCUUUUCACUUUCAGAACUGACAGAAAAUAUUUAAACUGGGUCUAUUAUGAAACAAUUUCAAUAAUUUCCACUUUAUUCAA